ACGGUUCGAAAUCAAACUGUUUGUCAACGGGUACAAAAUAAACCGCACUUUUUCGUUCUCGGCCGGUUUGCCCUUUCUACAGCCGUUCGUUCAGCUGCCCCGUAUUUCGCAUUGUUUGUUUCGUUCGUUCGGUUCAUUGUUGGGCACGCUGAACAUACAACCAGCAAGAAAUGGUUGCUGGUUUUCCGAUGUUCGUUCGUGCUACAUUUGCUAUGCCGCAGAGUCCCUGCGGUGAGAAGUGAAGCCUACGCCUACAGAAGGAGGGACUUUUCCGUGCGACAUCUCCGGAGUGGUUGUACAUAGAGGGGGGAAAAGGGAAGUGGUACAAACUUUAAUCCCUGCGCGUUUUUGUACGAUGACGGAAGUGGAGGAGUCCACCAAGGUACGAUUGGAUCAAGACAUUGCCAGCAGGCUGCAGAAUGAACAUCCGGAACAGUUCGUUACGUUGGUUCGGAUGCACCUGUCGUUCGAACUGGAUCUUCACACCGAUACGGAAAACGAUCCAGCCGAACUAGAUAAGCAGAAGCUGAAGAAGUGGAAAGGAUUUCACAAGAAAGCGAAAGGCUGCACGUCAGCCAAAGCGACUUCGCCGGAAACGGCCAAGGCGGCGCUUACGAAGGCCAACAUUGAAGAUCUGAAGCAGCUGAUCGCAUUCCUGGAGCAGGAAGAAAACAUCUCCCAGGAAGGGAUAUUCCGCAAAACGGGUUCACUGGCGCGUCAGAAUGAGCUGAAAAGUUUGCUGCUGCAAGGCAAUGUGUUGCCGCUCGAUGAGGCCGGCUAUACGGCACACGAUUGUGCCAGUGUGCUGAAAAGCUUCCUGGCCGACCUGCCCGAACCACUGCUGACCGAGCUGUACUACCCGGCCUACUGCCAGGUGGCCGAUCUGUACCACUCGAAGGAAGCGGCUCAACCGGCACGGAACGAGGAUCGGCUGCUGAAUGCGCUUCAGCUGCUGUUGCUCCUGCUGCCGGAAGAAAACAACAUUCUGCUGCGCCACAUUAUCGAGCUGCUGCAUCGUACGAUUCAGCACGAGGCGACCAACAAGAUGUCGGCCGUAAAUUUGGCCACCCUGUUCACGCCGCACCUGAUCUGCCCGCGCAAGCAAUCGCCCGAAGCGCUGCACACGACGGCCCAGCACAUGUCGGGCAUAGUGGGUUUCAUGAUCAAAACCGGUCCCCGGUUGUUUCACAUCCCACCGAAGCUGGCCACCGACAUACGGGCGUACUUUGUGGAUCAACGGCGCCGCAAAACCAUGUCCCCGGAGCACAUCCUGAACGAAUCGACCACCUCGGACUCGGUGGCCAACACCGUGUACACGUUUGUCGAUCGGGAAAAGACGGCCGAAGCGUUGGAGAUGAACUCGACCGACACGGCACUGGCGCAGCUGUAUGCGCACAUCCAGAGCUUACCCGAGUCGUCCAAGAAGAAGAAGCUGGUGAGCAAGUUUAACCGCCAGAAUGGGUAUGGCACGCCACUGCAGGUGUUGCUCAGGGAAAAGAAUGGUUCCGGCACGGGUAGUGCCGGGCUGGCCAGCGGUGGAGGGCUGAAGUAUCCACGCUCGAUUAGCGAUUCGAUCAAGCGCCAUAUCUUUCACAAAUCGCUCAUGUCGAGAACACCGAAACGAGGCACGAUCAGUGGCAGUCAAACGCCAACUACUUUCCAGACUCCAAACGGAACAGGUUAUGGCAGUGGCCCAAGACAGCGCGUUCUGUUUCAGAGCCCAGUGUCGGCGUCCGAUUCGCCGUCGAGCGUUGGCUCGCCGCUCUGCAUAAAGCGUUGCUCCUCCGUCUCGUCCUCGUCGUCCUCCCUGUCCUCGAUGUCGUCGUCAUCGGGCACGGGAAACGCAAAGGCGGCCGGUUCGCUGACACGCACGAUCAGUUCGGAAAGUGCCAGCAGCACCUCGAGCUCUACCUCCUCAACCCAUCAUGACGUGUCAAAGCCGGAAGCACUGAAACGGCGAUCAUCCGGAGAGAUAGGAGCGGAAGAAGGACAGCGUAGUACCAGCGGAGGGGCAGAUUUUAAUUCCUCCUCGGAGCGCAAACGAAGCAGGGUUGAGGAACGUCCGGAUCGGGAGCAAACGGGACGGUCCAAACCGGGACUGGUGGUGCGCUUCGGUGCCGAGACGGUGGCCGGUUGUGAUGUGCUGGAGGACAACGAACCUCCUCCUCCCGAGGACGAUGAGGACUUUGUAGAGCAGGAGGAUGACGAUAUCGGUGACAGUGGCAGCGAGCCCGUGGACGAGUUUUCGAACGAUGAACUGCUGGCGAACGACGAGGCAGUGGCGGAGGAGGAGGAGGAGGAGGACGAAGGCGACGAGGAGGAUGUGUUUGAGGACUGUGAACGGAUACUGAGCGAUACCGAGGAGGAGCGGUACGGUUCAGCCGGGCUCGGAAACGCACGCUCUCGCUAUCGCUCCGAACCGAACCUUAGCGCUAUCGGAUACCAGCACCAGCGGCGUGUAAUAAACCUGGACAAUAAGCAUCUCACCGCGAACCGCGAUAGCGAGAUGCCUGGCCGGUUGCUGCGCGGCGGUCUAGGGGCCACGCAAAUGGACGGCAAAAGUCAACCGACCACACCGGGCGGCGGAGGUGGAGGAGGUGGUGGUGGUGGUACCGCAGCGGGAAGUUCCACCAAGCAACGCAUGAACAUAAACUUCUUCAAGAACAAGCUCAUCAAGGGCGUUUCGAUGGGCAAUUUGCGCUUUCCGUUCGGCAACGAUGCUAGCAAGGCAAGCAAAAAGAACAACAGCCGACCGGUGGAACCGUUGGUUCGGUCGAGAGACGCUAAAAAACUGAGCACCACCGCACGUGAGAGUAGUUUGGCGGACAGUGUCUUUCUUCCUACGCUCCGAUCUUCCAUCGUGCCCAGCACCACGUUCGCGACCACCAGCGUGGCGAACGUGGCGAACGAUGACAAUUCAAACGAAUUGCCUGGCUCGGUGCACGGGACGAAUUGGGCGGCAGCGAACUAUCUGACCAGCACGCCCGGCCCGGCCGCCCUCAUUAGCGGGCGCAACUCAAUGUCUCCAAUAACGAAAAGCACCCAACGGAUGCCCAAAGCGAUGCAGGAAUCGAUCAUGACCCCACGGUCCCGCAAGCCGGUCAUGCUACUGUCGGUGUUGAAUGCAAACGACCAGCAACAGCUCUCCACCACCUGUGCCAGUUUUUCCAGCCUGAAAGAGGAGGACGAAGAAGUGGAUCUCGAACCGGCGGUACCAGUCGGCAGCUUGCUGCAUGGAGCUAGCGACGGCACACCAUCAUCAUCCCACACGCGUUACGAUCGUGGCCUGAAGCAGCUCAUCAACGACACGGGUCUACCACCGAUCGGUAAUGACGUGGGGCUUCCACCGAUAUCGAACCAUUUUCCUUCUAAAGGUAACAUAGCCUCCGGUUGCAUGGUUGUUCAUGGUGAUGGUGAUGGUGGUGGUGUUGUUGUUGGUGGUGCCGCGGAACGAACCCAUGAGUCGCGCGCUCUGGCGAGUCCCUUUCGACAUUACCUGCUCAGUCGCGGUGUGAUGCCGGCCGAAAGUCCGGCCGACCUAUCGUUCGCCAGCCUGCCGGAUGAUUUCGUCGAAUCGUCGUCGGGAGAAAUUUUGGACCGGCUUAGUGAGUCGAAAAUGAGCGAAAGCUUGCUGUACUGCUUGAAUGGUAAUGAACCAAAGGACAAGGAACCGGCAACAAAUGCUUCACCGGCGACAGCGGUAACAGCAGUGCCAAAUCAACGAUUUCCUGAACUGAACAGUUCCGAGCUGGAUGAAACGGCACUGUAAGAGAGGAAAUUAGAUUUCCUCUAUGCUCUACGGAACCACAAACAUGACCACUUGUAGACCCGCAGCGAGUAACAGUAAAUCAAAAUUUAAACACUUUUCUCUCAUAAUUACGUUGAGGUGAGAGUAAGUGAGACAAUGGAAGGGCAACGUGAUGCUCUUCUUGAUUUACCCAUUACAAUUAAUGAAAUAGUAGCAAGGCGUAAUGUGUUAGGUGCCUUUAGUUAUCUCUAGCAUAUCAUGAAUUCUACGUAUGAUACUCAGACCUCCCCAGCGACAUCCCAUACUUCUUCAGUAUAGACGGAUUGAUACAGCACAAAUUGAAAAGAAUUGUAUCAACUACUUUUGAGUAUUUUCGUUUUGUAGUGAUAAGGAAUGUACGUUUAAAUCAUACUAUAAUCACGAAAUAAAAAAAAAACUAAUUUAAAAAAA